GAAGCGUGGAAAAGCUUACUUCUUGUCGGUUCUUUUGUUAUGGUUGCCGGUGAAACUAGGCGAUUAGCCAAUGAGAGUCCUCGAAAUGAUUUAUUUAUGUCUCAAUGGGCUUGAACUGGAGUCAACAAUUUAAACAAGAAAAAGCGCAGUUUACAGGACGCUCUCGUGGCCGGAAAGAUGGGAGAAAUCAAAGUGCAAGAAAGAUAAGCGUCCAAAUAUUUCGUUCCCUCGGAGACGGAAAGCUGGAGCAAAUAUUCGAGAAUUUUGCACGUGAAUGGUGACGUAAGGAUAUAGCAAACAUGGCUGGCACUGAGAGAGCGAACUUCUUGAAACCUUUACUGUUCACUAAAAUGUUCAGUCCCUGGUCCUUUAUACCUUCGUAAAGUUCGAAGACUGCUAAAAUAUUUAUCUAUUUUCUAAAGUCUAGAAGGACUUUUGUCUUUGUAAGCCAUGAAAUCGAGACACAUGAGUAUCAGAGGAGUUGUUACGAUGUUUGGCGGGUUGAUUUUUGGCUUCACUGUGGCAUUGUUCCUCCGGCAGAAUCUUCUGCCCGUCCAGUCACGGCGUUGCCAUAUGAACUUUAUCAGAGACGUACGGCCGAGCACAUUGUCUAAAGAGCUUAACUCCAAACAUUUAAUCUUUAUUGGAGUUAUGACGGCUGAGAUGUUUCUCGAUUCGCGAGCGAAGGCAGUUCAUGAUACGUGGGGACGAAACGUCCCGGGUAAGUUAGAGUUCUUCUCAAGCGGCACGUCCCAGACUAAGAUGGAAUUACCCGUUGUGAGUUUACCCGGCGUGGAUGAUUCAUACCCUCCUCAGAGAAAGUCCAUGAUGAUGUUGAAGUACAUGCAUGACAACUAUAUCGACCAGUUUGAGUGGUUUAUGCGUUCGGAUGAUGAUGUUUACAUUAGGACCGAGAAACUUGCAAGCUUUCUUCAGUCCCUAAAUAGUUCUCAGGACAUUUAUCUUGGCCAAGCUGGAACAGGAUCUAAAGACGAAAAAGGCUUGCUGGGUUUGGGCUCUGGAGACAAUUUUUGUAUGGGUGGUCCAGGAGUCAUUAUAAGCAGAAGCGUUUUGAAGAAGGUUGUACCUCAUAUCGAAUAUUGUUUGAAACAUUUGCUCACAUCGCAUGAAGAUGUGGAGGUUGGGCGAUGUAUUAAACGUUUUGUGGGGAUUCCAUGCACUUGGUCUUUUGAGAUGCAAGCCCUGUUCUACCACAACCAAAGCAAGUCGCAGGCAUUUCAUGGUAACCUGGACACAAAGUCGGUACGUAAGGCCAUCACCCUUCACCCGGUAAAACAACCGUCGUACAUGUACCGUUUGCAAGCACAUUUCAUGUCCAUGCGCAUUCAAGACCUUCAGCACCAAGCAACUAAGCUGCAAAGAGUCCUCAAGAACAUGGAUCUACUGCUGAACUCUACGAUCAGUUCGCUGUCAACGGAAGAAAAAACCAGCCUCCAAGGCGCGCGAGAUUUUCAUCACCAGCUUAGUUCAAGAUACCAUGAGCCUUGGGACAUGUUCACGGCGCAAAAAUUCUACUCCCUAGCCACGCUUCAGCCGCCUGAAACAGGCAUGCGCGACCCGUGGAAAGACGGACUUAAUCACGUGCUUGGGCAGACAAUGGGAUUAAUCAAUGAGGAGGCAAAGCGAGUUCUUCAUCGCAGCCUUGAAUUUAAAAAAAUGAAUCACGGGUACAUGCGAGUACAUCCGCUGUACGGUGCACAGUACCUCAUGGACAUGCUCAUGAAGUAUCAUCGGCACAUUGGACACAACCGGAGGCGCAUGACAGUACACGUGCGUCACCACGCCUUUCUACAAUUGCCAUUUGGCAACAUGGUCUACAGGGCCGAGCCCCUACUAAAAGAGGUCCCCUCGGUGCAUUUUAUCCUCCCCCUAACCGGUCGCAUUGGAACGUUCCGCCGUUUUAUGAAGAAUUUCGAGGACGUCUGCCUGAAACGACGAGAGAAUGCGAAACUUCUGGUGGUAUAUUUUCCUUCCGUGACUCCUGCGCAUGAGCACAAAACUGUAAUGAAAGACUACCAAACGAGGUAUCCUGAGGCAGAUCUAUUGUGGCUGGAAGCAAUAGGAGAUUUUUCACGCGGCCUUGCUCUUUCUCUUGGGGCGAACCAGUUUGACAAAAGUGCUUUGUUGUUCUUCUGCGACGUCGAUUUGGUUUUUAAUGCCGAGUUUCUGUAUCGCGCUCGUAUGAACACGAUACUUGGUCAACAAGUGUAUUAUCCUAUGGUGUUUAGUCAGUUUGAUUCCGAGAUCACAUACCCCAAUCAUACAGUUCCCAAAGACCAGUUCACAGUGAGCAAGGACGCUGGAUUCUGGCGAGCUUAUGCGUUCGGCAUAGUCGCUGUUUACAACCACGAUUUACGAGUUGUUGGGGGUUUUGACACAACAAUUCAGGGGUGGGGGCUGGAAGAUGUGGAUUUGUACGAGAAGUUUGUUAGGCAUCAAGACAUUAGCGUGUUCCGUGCGGCGGAUCCUGGCUUGGUUCACGUAUACCAUCCGGUCAUCUGUGAUCCUAAGCUUGUAGAUCGACAAUAUGCUAUGUGCCAGGGCUCGAAAGCGUCCGGUUUUGGCUCAGAAAAGUCGUUAGUCCGUCAUAUGUUGUCAAAAGCUUACAUAAAUAGGUAAAGUUACAAAACAGUAGAGAGCAAUUUUAAAUUUAAUUUUGAAACUAUUCUGGAUCAGAUUGGUUUCGCUGUACUUCGCUCAGUGAUUCGUGAAGGAAUUUGCGUCUCCUUUCCGACCAAUUAAAUUAAAAAGUAAAUUAAUUGCAACUCGGUAAUUUGCGUCUACCCGCGCUACAGUCUCUCUGCCUUUUUUUUGGUUGAGGUCUCAUUCGCUUCUGGUGAUAUUUCCUAUGUUUCGAUUGGCCGCUGUUAUUAUUAUUAUUAUUAUUAUUAUUAUUAUUAUUAUGAUCAUCAUGAUCAUCAUCAUCAUAUAAUUAUCAUUGUUAAUACAGAUUAUUAUUUAUUCGUCUCAUUCUUUUUUUGUGGGGAGGAGGGGGUUGCCCCGCCCUUGUUUAGUCCAUGGAUUGGUCCACACCAGGGAACCUCAGCGGUUGAGGCCCAAGGACCAUAAUCGGUUAUGUCUUGGGGAUCAACAUCGGUUUCGCUCAGGAACCAAAAUCGGUUUGGCUUGGGGACCAUAAUCAGUUUGGCUGAGGGACCAAAAUUGGUUAUUACAGGGGACCAAAAAUGGUCAUGACUAAGGGCGAACCGUGUUGAGCUUCUCCAAAGCAGGUCAGGUUUAUGCUGUACAUGAAUUCCUUUCUUAAUUAAUAGGAAUGUCUUGCUCGGCAUUUUAAUUUAGCUCGAAGUCUAUUUGAAGCUUUAUUUGUGAAGUUGUUUAUUCCUUGUUAAAUGGGGGGAAAUUUGAGAGAAUAACGAAACUUCGCUCUUUUACCGCAAGUUUUGACCAAUUUUUUAGUAUUUAAUCAUUACAGGCGAAGGGCGUUAGAGAGUGGCAUGGUAAUCGCAAUUGGGAAAUUUUUCUUUAUCGCUGUAUUGUUAAACGUUUUGUUUAAAGUUGGUUGAUAUUUUGUCAUAUUUGUUAUUUAGGGCGUAUUUUAGCUAUUUAUAACACAAGAUAUUAAAAUAAAAAUAGAUAUUUAGUCGAGA